UCUCGACAUUGGGUCAUUGGAUACAUGGGCCAUUUGAAGUAAUCCCAGAGCGAACCGGGAUUAAUCUUCAAAUGGCCAGAUCGCCCGCCAGACUCAUCCCGCUGCUGCAGCUAUCGCCCUAUCGACCUAAACUAUCGAUAACGUCGCUCCCACUCGACUCCAAUUGCAACACUAUUUUAAAUCGGGGUAACCGUGCAACGCGUAGGGUUGCUACGGGUCACGAUUACGCAAUUAAGUUUACAACCGACAUAAAAUUAGAAAUCCAGGACGGGGAGAAAAACCCAGGAACCCAACAUCCUAACAAAAAACAUUAAAAUAAUUAAAUAACAAAAUACAAGCUUUAAAACUACUCUAUCACAGAAAUUAUCACUGAUUUCCUUCAGUGCAUCCCGUGAUGCAAAUCUUGGUUUGCUCCAAGAUGCCAUCACCGGUCCACUGGCAAACCUGUGACCAGGAGCAAAUCGUCGGCCAUGUCCGCCGACCCGCCUCCCGUUCUACUUCCAACUUCCCUACACAGCUGACUUCCCCGUGACCACUCCCUAGCAAUUGCAAUCUAUGUUGCAAGCCACAGGUCGUGAUGGCGGGGGCGUCAGGGUCAUAAAUGGGCGAGACGUCGUCGCCUCGACAAUUUAUUUUGUUUAAAUUGGGCGCCAAUAUGUUACGAACUGCUUUUUUUUUUUUGGUGGCAGUGCCGCUAUCUCAGUCGUUCCUCAGGGCAGAGUACCCCUAAUGCCACAGUUCGCAACAUAAAUAUCGAUACUUCAUGGUCUCACAUUACUAAAUUAUCGGUCAUCACUAAUGACAAAAAAAACGUAAACAAAGCAAAAAUCUACAAAUAUUGACGGAAAAAUGGAUUACAUUUGGUGGCUAUCGAUGUCCUAGCCAAGCGCUCCCACCCAACCAUGGAUGCCCUCAAGAUGCUGCAGUGCGCCACCCAUUCGCAGUCGGCAGGAGCCCCCUCCUCGCGACUACUGCGGUUCCAUCUCCCCCACUGGGAAAGCUUACUUACACAUUGUGGGUAUUACAAAGGUUUAAUAAAUAUCCCUUUAAGACCGAAACCUGGCCGCCGUCUCGGAUAUUUCCGCGGUCAAAGCAGAGGAUUCGUUCUGCUGGAAAAGAGUACAGGCGCCGCGGAAACUAUGCUCUACCAGUCAUUUAUUGGUAGAGCUCGCAUGGAAACGCGGCCCUCAAAGGAACAUGUGCGAAGCGCGUGUGUAAUCCUAAUCCUGAAGAGCUCCAGGGGAAAAGAAGGGACAGGCCAAAAAGGCAAACAACGAGGACAAAUAAGGCUCUCGGGUUUAACUCCGGAUAAAUUCACUGUUGAACAGGGAACCACUAUUGGUCCGGGCCUGGAGCGCGGAUAUACGGAUCUCCACACAGGAAAAUUGGCGCACUAUGGCGUGAGGCGAGUUGCUGCAUCGAAUGGAUGUAGUCAUCCGCGCUCUCUCCCGGCUGUUGCUCACAUUGUAGAAGCUCACAAAUCCUGUCGUGUUCCGUCUGGUGACCACGGAACCGAUCCAUCAGCGCCCUGCGCAGCUGGGCCCAAGUGUCCACUCUGGACUGCGUACGUGUACCCAGUACCACUCCUUCGCUCUGCCCGAGUGAAGUUCUCUCCACGGACCCUGAUGCUGCCGCUGCAGGAACUCUAGACGGAACACGAAAUCAUCCACGGAAUGGCCAUCGUCCUCGCCGCCAAAGGAGAUGUUCCAGCGGUCCAUGCGGCUGUAGCGGUUCCCGUUGCCGGCGCCCGCAUUGGCGUACAUCCGCGGCUCGUCCCGAAAAUUCGCCGUCCUUCGGUCCUGGAUACACCACGGCCGUGCGUGGCGAUCACUCCUGCCUGCCGGAUGAUACUCCGGUUCCUGCCUCAGGCUGCUGUCGAUCCCUGGAGAGUCGUUCACCUGCGGUCAAGGUCGCUGCCUGGGUGGCAAUUCCGGCGGCUUUCGGUAGCCUCCUCCUGUCUCCUGCCGCUGCUGAAUUUCCGCUGGGCCAUUUGCGCCGCCUUCUGGACACGACGGAGUGGGCACUAUUGAUACUUGGCGACUCGUGCCCUCCUGGAGCGGCUGCGGUUUGCUCUCGGCUGGCCUAAGGACAUCGUUCAGCAACUUCAUCAUGUCCAUGAAGCCAAUCUUAAUCUCCUCCCUCAACGACUGGCAACGGAGUCCUUCUGCUCCGCCUUGAAGUCAAGGACCCUGGCCCACCGUUGGUGUACCAGAUCCGCCGGUUGAUCCCUAAUCCGAUCCACCGCACUACCGCCUACCGGCGUUCUGGGUAAACCCUCAGCCAGCGAUAUCCGCGGCAACCCAGCGUCACCCUCUACAUCUGUGGACCAGACAUCGUCCUUGUCGUCGCCAGGAGGACCCAUCGAUCUGAGCUGGUGGCCGUGCCUAUCCCUGACGUCCUUACCCUCGGACAUGGCUUUCAAGAAUUUUUAAAUAAAUACUUGUCGGAUCUUAAAUUAUGGUAGUCAGUGUAAAAGCAUUAAAUCAAAUGCGUGUACCAA